AUCAUAUAUGCAUUGUUUUGUUUUCUCCCUUUUUAAGGUGGCAGAUUUCAACUGGAAAUCAAAAUCCCAGAAACGUAUCCCUUUAACCCUCCCAAGGUGAGGUUCAUCACUAAGAUCUGGCACCCUAACAUCAGCUCAGUAACAGGAGCCAUCUGUCUGGAUAUCCUCAAAGACCAGUGGGCAGCAGCGAUGACCCUGAGGACGGUACUGUUGUCCCUCCAGGCUCUUCUGGCAGCAGCUGAACCAGACGACCCGCAGGAUGCAGUAGUGGCCAACCAGUAUAAGCAGAACCCAGAGAUGUUUACGCAGACGGCCCGGUUAUGGGGUCAUUACUACGGUGGAGCCCCUGUACCCGGUCCAGAAUACACAAGGAAGAUAGACAAACUCACUGCCAUGGGCUUCGAUAAGAAUGCAGUAAUAGCGGCCUUGUCUUCUAAAUCCUGGGACGUGGAGACGGCAACAGAACUACUUCUUAACAACUGAGACCCAGCAAGAAACCCCUCGGACCUCAUCUCCCUUCUCCUUGUGGUGCCCUCCGAUGCCUUUUACCCACACCCCAAACUGAGCCUUUUCCUAGGGGAGAUGUCGUACAGUUUCAC